AUGGGCUCCUCAGACAUUCCACCGCCUUCAGCACCAACAUGGCUCGUCCCAGCCUCAACAGCCUGCCUUUCCGUCGGCAUAACUUUCUGGUUAAUCGCCUACGUGUUGAUGGUUAAACGCAGCCUUGCAACCCACGCCACACCCGCGCCCCUCCUAGCUUUAGGCCUCAACCUCGCAUGGGAAGUCGUCUACGCGUUCGGCGUCUGCGAAGCGCCCAUAGAAACAUUUGGCUUCACCUGCUGGCUCCUCCUCGACAUACCCGUUCUAUACGCCACGCUUAAAACAGCACCUAGAUCAUUCUCAACCAGCCCACUCGUCGCGCGCAACAUACCGCUACUACUAGCUAUUGUCUUCGUAGCGGGGUUGGUAGGUAACGGGACGUUUGUAUGGUGGUGGCUCAAGGAGCCGCAUCGCGGCUAUGGUAUCAAAUGGGGCAAGACGUGGAAGGGUCUUGAAGCGAGAGAUACUACAGAGUUGGCAUUUUGGUCGGCUGGUGUGGCGCAGAUGAUAUUCAGCGUUUCGGCGUUGGCUAUGCUUCUUCAGCGUGGUCACUCUGGUGGACAAAGCUAUGCAAUCUGGUUCUGUCGCUUCGUAGGCACCGUUAUGGGCCUCCCUGUUUGUUGUAUACUUCUCUGGUGGUAUUGGCCAGAGGCUCACGGAUUCGUCUUUCACCCUCUCGCCUUGUUCUUCGUUGGUACAUCGGUGGUCUGCGAUCUGGCGUACCCGUUUCUGUUGGCCCAUGUCCGAACUACGGAAAAGGUUCUGCCUGACGGGAGCCUCGUAGAUGGGAGAAGACUAACGGAAGCGGAGAAGAAGCAUCAAUAG